AAGGAAAGCAUAGUGAAAGUGGUGCCGCGACACGUCUUUACGGUAAAGCACGUGAGCGACGUGAGUGACGCGUGGAUAAGGGAAGCCGGGUAUUUUGCGCUCCUAGGUCAGCAAUAAGCACGAGGCAGAGAUCAAACGCGUACUGCCGGUUUUUUCCCCCCAAUCAAUAGGACUAAUGUAGGUAAAAAACACAUGAUGAUCGAGGCAUUUUAAUCUCGACAUAACACACACGCACAAGGAGAGCGCGGAUUAUAUCUCUUCAACUCGUGCAAAGCGAAAGCGAAAGUAUUGCGCGCCCAGAGAAAUAAGGAAGGAAAUACUGACGCGCGCAUCCGCACGGACGCGAGCGCGCAUUUGCGCAUACACGCACAACUGUUUCAUCCGUAAGAGUCCCUAAAAUGCGUGUGAAGCUCUUGAAGGACAGUCAGGCUCGGAUACCCCGGACGCACUGGAUAUGCGCGCAUCCACUCUAACUUUCAUUUUCAUCAUCUCUGAGUACUCCAUCAUCACAGGAGGAGAUGGAAAUUGUGGGAAUCCUCCUGAUAUUGACAAUACAGAGAAAGCCAAAAAUACGCCAAAUACCAAUUUCCGCAUGAUGUGUAAACCCGGAUACAUGAGAAAAGCUGGAACUUCUAACCUCUUUAAAUGUAAAAUCAACACGUGGGUGAACAAUCCUCCUCUAGAAUGCAUACAACCGCCAUACAAAAGCUCACAGAAUCCCACGCCUCAUUCAACUUUCACACCAUCAUGGUCCAGCCAUGGUACACAGGCAAUGAACAGCACUCCCACAGUGUCUGGAAAAACUGUCUCCACAACAAUACACACAGCUUCCACAACAUCAUGGACGUCCCACCGAACCACUCAGAGGACCACAACAACAACGGAGGAGACAUCUGUGACCACAUCCAUUACGGCUAGAAUUGCAGCUUCAUCCACAACCGAGAAAGACAGUCUCAGUGUCUCAAUGUCCUCACAUUCCCCUAGCAGCCGCUCUACCACAAGCACCGGAGUUUCAGUAGUCCCUGAUCAACAAACUGGUGAAACCACGAAAGGAAUCACUGCAGGAAUUGGAAUUAUCAUAACCGUUGUUGUCUUCGCAGCAGUAGUGGGCUUUCUUUUGUGGCGUAGACGUUCAACGCCACCUGAAACUAGUGACCAAUUUGUCACAAUAGCAAGACACAAUCCUGGCUCAGUUACGCCCUUAAUGAGGAUUCAAACCAUCAACAGUUGUUCUCCAGACUUCACUGAACCUCCAGCCAGUCCUUUAAUAGACUCUGCAGAAAUUAAAUAUACAAAUAUUUCUCUUUCUGCAUAAAAGAAUCUUAACCAGGGCAAAUUAAAUAGAAAGUAUUUCAUGUGGGGACAACAGCAUUAUCAACAAACAUUCUUACGCUUCUGAAAGAAAACGGCAGAAGACAUGAUAGAAACAACGAGAACUGACUAAAGUACUAAAGAAAAAAUCCACCUGAGCACUCGACAGUGUUAUGUGUUUUAUUUUAGUUUUACAGCAAAGAUUGUAUCACUUGAAGUUUUUUUGUCGCAUUGACAGACGUCUUUGUUCCCCGUCACAAAAAAUGCAGAAAUUACCUUCAGACAAAUUCAUUAUUGAACGUAAUGCCUAUUCAUGGCAAUUUUUGGUAUUUUAAAACAUUUUAAUUGGUUUUCAUAUGUUUAUAUAUAUAAAUAUAAACUUUCACACAAUGUUAUAAAGUUGCUUAUCUUUUAAUUUAUUUGCAUUAAACACAGGAAUUUUUUUUUAACCCUAUGCAAACAUAUAAUUACUGUGUCAUGGCAUUUAUUUUGCCAUCGUAAACGUUAAGAACAAUACAAUCAUUUUUUAUACUGUUUUUGUUGUUAAAAUUGAGUAGUUUAAGUAAUAUAGAGGUUUAUUAAUGAAAAAAUCUGAAGAUGCUUUUAUGUGCUUGCUUAAAGUGUAUUUAUAUGAAUAGCAUUUUCAUACUAUUCUUGUAUAUAGACAUAUAUUUUUUUAUAUCUUAAAAAAGCAUGAACAACUUAAUAACUAAAUAAAACGAUAACAUCAUACAGCGGAUGUUGACCACUUUUUGGUGACUCAUGGUAACUGCCAUUUUUAGAUUUUUCUCCAUCUGUGUAAUGUUGUAUAAUACGGAAAUCCUAAGAGGCAAUGCGUUAAAACAACGUUUUUCUUACUUGUUUUCUCUUGAUCACGGCAUAUUUUUUUCUCAUCAUCAGUACUUCAUUUUUUCAUGAUCUUGACAUACCAAUCAUUGUUUCCUCAUGAUCAGUAAUACAUUUUAUUGUGUAAUCGGCAUAAAAACAUGUCCUGGAGGCUUUGAUCAGCGAAUAAUUUAACUGAAACAGCUCUGUGUCUGUCUGUGAUUGACAACAUACACAUAAGUGUCCAAAACUUGAGAAGAAGGUGGUCAUGUUUCAGAUGCCAAUGCGUUGAGAGAACAUCGUCAUGAUGAGAAAACAAGAAAGAAAAAAUAAGGCAUGGCCUCUUAGAAAUUCCAUAGUAAAACAACUUCUUUUUAUUUUUGUCCCAUAAAUAACAUACCACAAGAAAUACUUUCUAUUGAGUGCCAAACAUUUUUUUUUUAUUUAAAGAAAUAAUGUGUGAAUAAUAGUGCAAAACUUCAUUUAUGCACUGAAAACCAUAAUAAGUUCAAUGAAUAAUCUAUUGAGUAAACUCAUUCCCUCAGUUGAAUUGAUUAAUGGAUUUUCCAAAACUUGUAUAUUUAAGUUUACAUAACUUGGUGCUCAUGUAGACUGUACUUAAAUUGUUUAGUUUUAUAAAUUCCACUUUAACUAUUUAGUUCACUUUCUUGCAUAUUUAAGUUAACUCAACUUAAAAAAUAUACUAAAAUUAAAAAAUUAUUAUAAAUUAAAUUGACUAAGCUCUUUCUUCUUUUAACUGUUUAAGAUCUAUGCAAUCAUAAAACAUACUAAACAGCACAUUGAAUGUAUUUAUUGUGCAAAAUUAAACAAUAUUAAUUACAUUUAAAAAAUACUGUAAUGAAAAUAAAGCUGGAUUACAGCCACACUAUACAACACUGUACAGUUAAACAAUAAUUAAAUCGCAGUACAUACUGUAAUGGACUCUACAAUACUGUACAGGUUGUAACAACAGUAACAAUGUCCCACAUUAACUGCUGCACUUCAUCAAUACUGCGCAAACUUUGUGCUCUUCAACAAUUUAACCACUUUCUAUUAUUCAUUAAUGGAUUAAACAAAUGGAAAAAUUGUCUCACCAUUCUGUUAAUAUGUACUGAACGUGUUCAUGUAACAAUACUGAUUUAAAUUUAGCAACAAUAAGACUUUCUUAACUAAAACUGUACUUUGGGCUUGAGGGUGUUCUGUCCCAUUUACAUCAGUACACACUGUAUGAAAUCAAACGUGUUUGCAAGGGUUUUGGGGUCAUUUAGGUCUAAUGUGUAAAUGAGACCAAAGAGAAGACACUUUGCUUGUGGGAGGUCUGGCAUCUUGUCAAUCACCAUUGGUAAUAUACCAAUCAAGGAAUUAAAAUGCAAGGAGUAGGGGGGUAAAGAUCAGUGUCCUUGAAUAAGACCCCCACUGGCACAUAAAGGAUAGAAUUGCGAUGAUUGGACACCUAGUGAAGAUACAAGAAUAAAUCUUAUUUUGUGAUCAUGCAUUAAAGGUUGAACAUCAAUGCACAUUUUUUAGAACUCCUACUAAAUAUAUGCACAUCACUACACACAUCACUUAUUGUAUGUUAUUGUAUAACAGAUUGUUAUAAUAUUCUUGUAUUAAAAAGCCAUGUUUCUUGAA